UUCAGAUUUUAGAUUUUUCUGAGCACUCGGCUACUGAGGAAUUAUUGCCAUGUCAUGAGAUGUCUGAUCUCCUUGACUUUGCGUUAUAGGGGCAUGAUUUCAGUGAGCAGACAGAUUAUCUGUCCUUCGAAGAACAGGAAGUAAUCAUGUUGUCUAGUAACACUUUAAACUGACAGACGAGGCUACAGACAUUCGUCUGCAACAUUCUGUGGUGUCUGGUUUUAGGAAUAGAUGUAUAACCUGACUAUAAAAAUUGUUCACGAGGGUUCCUGAAGGACAGCAGAAUGUGGCGGCUUGGGAGGACGGCGACACAAACAAAUGUGCCCCAAAAGUUUCACUCAGCAGCUACAGCAAAAACUGACUUCCGUGGUAUGAGAAAGACAAGGACCUCCCUGCUUCUCAGCAGAGGGAUAGGUCCUCAUGGAAGUGUGUGGAAUGAACGGAUACAAUUAAUGAAUUCACCAUCCACUGCUUUCAAUUUGAGGUUAUUUAGUUAUAGCAUAUCUGAUGCAGAUCCUGUAAACAUCCACAAACAGAGGUUACUGUUAUGGUUCAGUCACCUUCCCCGGGAAGAAAAGCAGUUUGGGGGUUACUUUUCUCCUGAGACAAUGCAUGUAGAGCCACUAAUCCUGAAGAGGAACCCAGAGGAUGGAAAAGGCCUUUCAACCAGUCCCUAUAAGGGAAAUGCAUCAGUGAGCCAUGCUCUCACAGUCGAGCAGCUUUUUGACGGAAGUCAAAGUGAUGGCCAGGGACGAGGACCAAAUGUUCUGCUGUAUGGGGCUGUUGGUACUGGGAAGAGCACAGUUGUUCGCAAGCUGGUUUUGGACUGGUGUGCUGGGUCUGUGCUGUCCCAGUUCAAGUUAGUGCUGCCCUUUUCAUGUGAAGACCUCUCUAAUUUGUCCAAAUCCACAUCACUGAGAGACCUUGUGGGUAGAAAGUAUGUGCACCUUCGAAAGACAGCAUUUGUUAAUGGAGAUGGUAAUCAGGCUAGAGAGGUACUCUUUAUUUUCAAUGGCAUGGAGAAGAUGAACUUAGACUUUAGGAUUGGCUCCACCGACCUAUGCAGUGAUCCUAAUGAGGCACUUCCACCAGCAGCCAUUGUGGUUAACCUGCUUAGGAAGUACCUCCUACCUGAGGCCAGCAUUUUGAUUACAACCAGACUGUCUGCUGUAGAUUAUAUCCCCAAAAAGUACGUUAGCCGCUAUGUUCAGAUCUGUGGGUUCAACGAUCCUGAUCGCCAGAGAGCCUACUUCACAAGCAGAUUGUUACUGCAAAGUGGAGAGAAGCCAAACAAGGAGGCAGAAUCUCUGAUCGAGAUGCUCUACCUCAACCUUCAGAAGGAAAGCCAGCUGGCCACAGCCUGCUUCUUACCUUCCUACUGCUGGCUCACCUGUGCCAUUCUACACUUACUGCACUUCACUGAUGUCCAUGCACCCAUUCGCACUCUUACAGGUAUCUACACCAGCUUCCUGGGGCUCAACUUUGAAGGAGAGGUGCUGGCCACGGGAGACGCAUCUUCACAAGAGCCCCAGACGUCAUUGAUGCUUUACGUGGUUCGCACUGUAGGGAAGCUGGCUUUUGAUGGAGUGACUAGUAAGCGCACAUCGUUUUCCAAGAAAGACCUAGAACAGUGGAUAGGUGGACAGACUAAAACUGACGAAGAACUUCAGCAGCUGGCAGUGUUUCGCACAGAUGUGCUGGACUUUUUUCUGGUGCCUUGUGUUGAACGUAAUAAAAAUCUUACUGAGCUGGAUGACAAACGAUAUGUCUUUGCAGUUCCUGCCAUGCAGGACUAUCUGGCUGCACUUUAUGUUGUUCUUGGUGAGAAUAAGAGUGCUAUGGAGAAGGUGACUAAUCAGUUGUCAGUAAUAAUUGGACAAGCUGGCGAGGAUGUCACUGCUUUAUUGAGCAUCCUCUCCAAGUUUCUACCUCUCAGGAUCUUCGCCAUUUUCAACUUGGUGAAAUUGUUCCCAAAACUUUUUGAGCGUGUCAGCAGUCUUAGCAGGGGUCGUAUUGCCAACACCAUGGCUGCAGAAAUGUUUCGUUCAGAAGACAGUUUCAACGAAGAUGUUUUAGAUCAAGUGGAGCAAAGCCUGCUAGGAGUGCAGGGCCCGCAGCUGCAGCAAGAAGACGACACUGGGCCCUUCGAGCUGUACCCUAUUUUUAAGGGAGGACUUCUUCAUUAUGGCAACAGAAGAUUGCUGGAUCAGCUGGGCUGCAGCAUCAAGAGCUCCACGGUGGCGCAGAUCACUCACACGCUUAAGAAGCAGCUGAUCAAGGGGAGCCGCCUGGUUCUGCCUCCUACCGAGUUGAUGGACCUCCUGGUUCUGCUCUACGAGCUCCAGAACCCGCAGCUCAUGGCUGAGGUCCUGCAACCCAUCAAGGCCAUCAAGCUGUCCACCGUGCGGAUGACCCCCCUCAAGUGCUUUGUCUUGAGCUCGGUGCUGGACUGCACACCCUCCACCUUCCUAUUGAACGAGCUCGACCUUUCCUCCUGCCACAUCACCCCAGAACUGCUACCCAUGCUGUGGCCGGCCUUUCAUCACACCCGGAGCCUCAAUCUGCAGUUUAACAGCCUGGGUCCUGAAUCAUGUGCACUGCUGCGAGAUCUGCUACUUGGACCCAGCUGUACAAUUAAAUCACUACAGUUGUGUGAUAACUCCUUGUUGGACAGCGGAGCGAGUCUUCUGCUGGAUGCUCUGCCUGGUAACAAGUCUUUGCAGAAGCUAUCUUUGAUGCAUACUGGCCUGGGAGACUGUACUGCGCUUAAGAUGGCAGAGCGGUUGAGCCAGCAUACUGGCUUACAGGAGCUAAAUGUGGCCUACAACAACAUUGGAGACGAUGCGGCACUGACCCUGGCCGACGCCUGCAGAGAGCAUCCGACUGUCCACACUGUGCACCUGUACCUGAAUCAGUUGACUGACGCUGGCAAACGGUCACUGCACAUUCGCGGUGUCCCGCAGAAGAAAGGGGGCAGGCGUGUGAAAACUCUCGCAUCGGUGACGGAGGGGUCGGACAUCUCGGAGGACUGGCACCCCAUCCUGAACGUGAUAGGGAAGAACUCACUGUUGUGGGAGAGAGAGCGCGUGCGUGAGCAGCUGCGGGUCUUCCUGAAGGACCUGGAGUGGGGACGACAGCAACACCACAGCUUCUGGAAGAAGCUGCACUUCCACAGAGUGGAGAGUGUGGUGAGGAAAACCCUACGAAUGCUGGAGACAAGCAGCACAACAGGCACCACACCUGCUUCAAAAUAAAAGU